AUGAAGACCACAGCUACCGCGGCCAUGGAGACACUGCUGAAUGUACCACCGCUCGACCUGAUAAUUCAGGCUAGAGCCUUCGCCACGGCGGAUCGGUUGGUGCAAAAUGGCUUGUGGACCUCUAACUUCCGGGCAGGGCAUGGGAAAAUAUGUGGCGUGGUAGAAAGCCCAGUUUUCGGUAUGCCCAGAGACCGGAUGACGCCGGUGAUUGACUUCACGAAGCGAUUCGACGCUACUUUCUUAGGCAGAGCAGACUGGCUUAACGGCUGGCCUACUGGUCUAUCAAGGGAAAGUAAAGUCAGAUUCACUGACGGUUCGAAAACUCCAAAUGGAACAGGAGCUGGAGAGUAUGCCCCCGAAACGGGGCUAGGCAAUUCCUUCCACCUGGGAGAGAUCGCCAGCGUACCUCAGGCGGAGCUUUAUGCGGCACUCAUGGGAGCACAUGAAACUCUGCCUAUAGGGACGCAAGGCGAAGAGGUCCUUAUAUGUCUUGACAAUAUAGGAAUGAUCAAGGCACUCGUAUCGCCCGUAGUCACCUCCAAGCUGGUGAAGGAAUGUAAGGAAUACCUGAACCUUCUUGGUCUGAGCAAUCGGAUCAAUUUGGUCUGGGUACCAGGACAUUCCGGCGUAGAGGGAAAUGAGGAAGCAGAUAAGCUGGCCAAAGAAGGCUCGGCGACUCAGGCAAAUGGGCCAGAACCGUACCUUCCGAUUCCCGAGUCAGAGUGUAAAAGAGCACUGGAAGACUGGGUUAAGCGUAAACACGCAGAACGCUGGGAAGCGUAUAAUGGAGGCGUUCACACGAAAUGCUUCUUCCCUAAGCCUAACAAAAAAUGGGCCAAAGAUUUGCUCAAAAUGGACCGAAAUCGCAUUAGAAGAGUAGUAGGAUCGAUUACGGGACAUUGCGAGCUGAAUCGGCCCAUGAAUAAGUUGAGACUCUCGGACACUCCGAGAUGUUCCUGCGAUCUAGAAGAAGAAACGUGUGCACACUUGAUAUGUGACUGCCCCAAAUUUCUUCAACUGAGACGCAGGAUGCUCGGAGACUACGAGGUGGUUCAUUCGGAAAUUGCUGCAAUAGGACCUGACAUCUUAGACAGGUUUCUAUUGGCAACAGGAAGGCUACCAUGA